GUCGAUGUUUGCAGGGAGUGCGGUGUGUUGUUCACUGUUCACUUUUUGUUACACCUGUGGAUGGAGUUGAAUCCGUGGAAUUUUCGCAGGCAAGAAAAUCAGUGAAAAGUCGAUAUUCUGCUGUUCUUUGCAACAACAUUCGGAAUACACCAGCAAACAGCUGCUCACAAUGGGAAUUAAAUUUCUCGAGGUUAUAAAACCUUUCUGCAGUAUUCUGCCGGAGAUCGCCAAACCGGAACGGAAGAUUCAAUUCCGUGAGAAAGUGCUAUGGACGGCUAUUACUCUAUUUAUUUUCCUGGUAUGCUGCCAAAUUCCACUCUUCGGCAUUAUGAGUUCCGAUUCCGCUGAUCCGUUCUACUGGAUUCGUGUUAUUCUGGCUUCUAAUCGAGGAACAUUGAUGGAACUUGGUAUUUCACCGAUUGUCACAUCCGGAUUGAUAAUGCAACUGCUGGCUGGUGCAAAGAUUAUUGAAGUUGGUGACACUCCAAAGGAUCGAGCAUUAUUCAACGGAGCGCAGAAAUUAUUUGGAAUGGUUAUUACAGUGGGACAAGCUAUUGUUUAUGUAAUGACCGGAAUGUAUGGCGAUCCAGCUGAGAUCGGUGCUGGCGUUUGCUUACUCAUCAUUAUCCAGCUUUUCGUUGCCGGUCUAAUUGUGUUACUUUUGGACGAACUGCUUCAAAAAGGCUACGGAUUGGGUUCGGGUAUUUCCCUGUUUAUUGCCACAAAUAUUUGCGAAACGAUCGUGUGGAAGGCUUUCUCACCGGCUACUGUUAAUACCGGCCGUGGCACGGAAUUCGAAGGUGCUGUAAUUGCUCUAUUCCAUUUAUUGGCUACCCGUCAAGAUAAAGUUCGUGGACUGCGCGAAGCCUUCUAUCGUCAGAACCUGCCAAAUUUGAUGAACCUGCUGGCCACAGUUCUAGUGUUUGCUGUAGUAAUAUACUUCCAGGGCUUCCGUGUGGAUCUUCCGAUAAAAUCUGCCCGCUAUCGAGGACAAUACAGCAGCUAUCCGAUCAAACUAUUCUACACAUCCAACAUUCCAAUCAUCCUGCAGUCGGCACUCGUUUCCAACUUGUACGUUAUUUCGCAAAUGUUAGCAGUUAAGUUCCACGGCAACUUCCUGAUCAAUUUACUCGGCGUGUGGGCUGAUGUGGGAGGCGGUGGCCCAGCCCGUUCCUAUCCAAUUGGAGGACUUUGCUAUUAUCUGUCACCGCCCGAGUCACUCGGACAUAUUGUGGCUGACCCGAUUCACGCCGUGCUAUAUAUCGUUUUCAUGCUCGGAUCGUGUGCUUUCUUUUCCAAAACAUGGAUCGAUGUUUCCGGCAGUUCAGCAAAGGAUGUUGCUAAACAGCUUAAGGAACAGCAAAUGGUGAUGCGUGGCCACCGUGAAAAUUCGAUGAUUCACGAGCUGAACCGAUACAUUCCGACUGCAGCUGCCUUCGGUGGUCUAUGUAUCGGUGCAUUGUCCGUUCUGGCAGAUUUCAUGGGUGCUAUCGGAUCCGGAACCGGUAUCCUGUUGGCCGUCACCAUUAUCUACCAGUACUUUGAGAUCUUUGUAAAAGAGCAAAGCGAAAUGGGUGGCAUGGGUACGCUGCUCUUCUAAUUUGCUCGCCGUACACUACUCUUAGGUCGUUCAUUAUUCAAUUUUUUAUGCUUAAGUUAAGCGCAUUUUGUGAACCGUGAGUACGAUAAUGGAAAGGGGAAAUCACUACAAUUUACGGAACCAUCGAAGUAAAUAGUAACUGAUUUCAAGGGGCAAGUGAUGCCGGAACAAUUUAUAAGUUUAAUGCUAACGCCGGGCGAGACGAGUAAGAACGCUUAGUUUUGUAAGGAAUGCGAGAGGACGACUAUUCGGAUUAUAAUGAAUAUUUUUUUUCGUUUAUAUAUGAUUUUAGUUCAUUCCUGAAUGAAGAUAAAUCAAACAAAUAAUGCAACACGCUAUAGUAGCGCAAAGUAUGUCAAUAAAGAUGUGUAGAAUAAAGAAUGAUUAGUC